UUUUUUCUCCUGGUGUGCGCAUUGCGCCUCUCGUUCCAUUCCAACUUUAUUUUCUCUUUCUGUCACUACUGAACAGUGAACAGCCACAAUCUCCACUGCUACGCUUGCUUCCAUUCAUAUGUACACAUACAUGUCUGCUUAGCUCUCUCUCUCUCUCUCUCUCUCUCUCUCUCUCUCUCUCAAACAAACACACAUACUACUGUGCUCUACUGCUACAGCCCUAGAUCUCAUCCCUUCCGUUCGCUACUGCAUUGCAUUUACUUCGAUUCAACUUGCCAUACACUGAUAUACAUCGCCAUGGAAGUAGCUCGAGCUUUUUUGGUUGCUGUAUCCAUGGCGGUGGUGCUUCUGUUAGUGCAAUGUAGCUUUUCGGCCCAAGCACAUGUGAUAUACUCUUCCAGAAUGAUUCAUCGGUAUUCUGAUGAAAUGAAAGCUCUUAGGGUUUCGAGGGAAGGACAUACGGUGGAGGAUUGGCCGGAGCAGGGAAGCUUGGGUUACCUCCGCCGGCUUAUUAAGAGAGAUGUUGAAAGGCAGACGAUGAACGUUGGGUCUCAGCAUCAACUCCUGUUUCCAUCUGCCGGCAGCAAGACAAUGUCUGGCGGAAAUGAACUUGGAUGGUUGCAUUAUACUUGGAUUGCUAUAGGGAUGCCUAGUGUUUCCUUCCUUGUUGCACUUGAUACUGGAAGUGAUCUUCUAUGGCUUCCAUGUGAUUGCGUGCAGUGUGCUCCACUUUCAGAUUCAGAUCAGAAUGAAUACAAUCCAUCUCACUCAAACACAAGCAAAAGCAUAACAUGCAGCCAUCAAUUGUGUGAAUUGGGUCCAACUUGCCAAAACCCUAAGCAGCCAUGCCCUUACACUGUUAAGUAUGCCUCUACAGAUACUUCCAGUUCUGGAUCACUCGUUGAAGACAUAUUGCAUCUUGCAUCAGAUGGUGUUAAUACAUCCAACACCUAUGUUAGGGCUCCAGUUAUUAUAGGAUGUGGUAAGAGCCAAAGUGGUGGUUACUUGGACGGAAUUGCCCCUGAUGGUGUCCUUGGGCUUGGGCUUGGUGAAGUUUCAAUUCCAACCCUCCUUUCCAAAUCAGGAGUCACAAAAAAUGCUUUCUCUUUAUGUUUUGGUGAGACAGGUUCUGGGAAUAUAUAUUUUGGGGAUCAAGGACCACCUACCCAAAAAACCACUCCAUUUUUGCCCAUUGAUGGAAAAUACAUUGCCUACAUAAUUGGAGUAGAGAAGGUCUGUAUCAGUACUACAUGUCUUGAUGAAACAAACUUCAAUGCUCAAUUUGAUAGUGGGACAACUUUCACAUCCCUUCCAGAUGAUAUAUAUAAAGCAGUUGUUAAAGAGUUUGACAGACAAGCAAAUGCCACAAGAGUUGAUUUUGAAGACCUACCCUUUGAAUACUGUUACAAGUCCAGUUCGCAGGAGUUGCCAGAUACUCCAUUGGUGACUAUUAAGUUUGCAGUCAACAAUAGCUUUGUGGUCCGUGAUCCACUUUUUCUUAUAAAUGACAGUCAGGGAGGAGUUGCAGGGUUUUGUUUAGCUAUACAAUCAUCACCUUAUGAAAUGGGACUUAUUGGACAGAACUUCAUGCAAGGAUAUCGGUUGGCUUUUAAUAGGGAGAAUCUUACACUUGGGUGGUCACGUUCAAAAUGCCAACCUCUAAAAGACGAGAAAGCUUCCGGAAGCAAUGCCAAUGCCACGUCACCAAUUUCACUGCCAACAACCGAACAACAAAGGACCCCAAACGCCCAGGCAGUUGCCCCUGCUGUUGCCGGAAGAACACCCUCGAAAUCAUCAGCCACCUUAAUUCUCUCAAAUUCAUCAUGUUUUUUACGGAAUUUACUGCCUUUUCUUCUUUUACUGCUAUUUCAUCAGUCACCCUCCCUUCACCUCUGUAAAUACUAAACGUCACUCCUCCGUUUUAGCUUUUUUUUUAGGAGUCUUAUGUUGUUGUUAGAUCAGUGGUGUGUGUGUCAAUCAUGGACUUUUGACUUGUUAUGGCUCUUUUUGGACAUGGGUAUAUUGUAAUAUGAUGAGUAACUACUGGUUUAUAUAAUCAACCAAUUAUGGCUUCUCAUUUACAUCCA